AUGACACGUUAUCUUAGCAUGCUCAAGACUGACAUUCUUCAGUUUGUUGCUACCCAGUGUUGUGAUGCACUGUUGGAGUUACAGGAGGCUGUUAGGCGGCGUGAGAUGGAGAUUGAGUUACCAUUAUCUCAGCGUACAGGUGACUUGAUUUACAACCCCGAAAUCGAAAAAGAAGCAAGGCGUUUGGCUAAGGAAAAACGAGUUGAACGUGGUCAAACUUCUAACCCCCACGGGGACCCGGAGGUUGAAACCGCUUCAUUAAGUGAUAUAGAACCCGAUUCUAGUCCCGACCCUCGCCAAGAAAUUCCCGAAACACCACCCCUACAACAAAAUCCACCUAUUAUUGAACCAAUUGUAAUGGCGGACGGAGGAGAAGUUCCCGAGAGAACCUUGAGUGGCAAGCAAGCCGGAGAAAGUAGUUCAAAGAAGAAGCCAAGGGAAGAAGAGGAAGAGAUAGAAGUUAUUCCCGUUGAAGUACCUAUAAUCAAGAAUGAUGCACAAGCCGGAGUUCCAAGGAAGGCUGCCCCUCUAGUAACACCAAUAGUCACUCAACCACCGUUCCCCUCCCGACUUUCAACUUCAAAGAAGAAUAUGGAGGAGAAAGAGAUUUUGGACACGUUCCGAAAGGUGGAAGUAAACAUCCCUCUACUUGACGCAAUCAAGCAAAUCCCGAGAUAUGCAAAGAAACUUCCACCCAAAUGCAAAGACCCCGGAAUGUUCACGGUUCCUUGCAAGAUUGGGGAUGUCACUUUUAGUAGUGCUAUGCUUGAUCUUGGUGCUUCUAUUAAUGUCAUGCCCUAUUCGGUAUAUGAAUCAUUGAAUGUCGGACCCUUAAGUGAAACCGGUGUCAUAAUCUCUCUUGCGGAUAAAUCGAGUGUCUUUCCUAGAGGUGUUUUAGAAGAUGUCCUAGUGCAAGUGAACCAAUUAGUCUUCCCGGCGGAUUUCUAUGUGAUUGAUCUAGAUGAGCAAGUGUCCUCCAAAUCGGCUCUAAUCUUGCUUGGGAGACCGUUUUUGAAGACGGCUAGGACAAAGAUCGAUGUGUAUGCGGGAAGUUUGACAAUGGAGUUUGAUGAAUUGUUUGAGUUGUCUAACGGUGAUAUGUUGGAAGUGAUCUUGAGCAAAGGAUUCGAUUGUGGGAAGCUAGCCGAACAAUUAAAGCUUUAUUCUUUGGAUCCGGAAGUUGAGAAGUUGGUAAGUAAAAUGGAGAUGAAAAAAUUCACAAGAUUAGAUGUCAAGCAAAUUGAAUUGCCCCCAACUCACACAAAAUUACCGCCAUCCCUUGUUCAACCACCCGAAUUGGAAUUGAAGGUCUUACCUCAACAUUUGAAGUAUGCUUACUUGGGAAAGAAUGAAACUCUUCCGGUUAUCAUUUCAACUCAUUUAACCGAAUUCGAAGAAGAGCAACUCCUCAAGGUGUUGAAAGAGCAUAAAGAAGCCAUGGGUUGGACGAUUGCGGAUAUCAAGGGUUUGAGCCCCUCCACUUGUAUGCACAAGAUCUUAAUGGAGGAUGAAUGCAAGCCAAGUAGAGACGCGCAAAGAAGGUUAAAUCCGCCAAUGAUGGAAGUUAAGACGGGAAUCACGGUGGUCGAGAACAACAAAGGUAUGAUGGUCCCCACUCGUGUGCAAAACGGGUGGAGAGUAUGUAUUGACUACCGCAAACUCAAUGCAAGCACAAGAAAAGAUCAUUUCCCAUUGCCUUUCAUUGACCAAAUGUUAGAAAGGUUGGCCGGGAAAUCUCAUUAUUGUUGUCUCGACGGGUAUUCCGGUUUUCACCAAAUCCCGGUGGCACCGGAAGACCAAGAAAAGACGACAUUUACAUGUCCAUUUGGUACUUUUGCCUACCGGAGAAUGCCAUUUGGAUUGUGUAACGCCCCGGCCACUUUCCAACGUUGUAUGGUUAGUAUCUUUUCGGAAUAUGUUGAAAACAUAAUUGAGGUUUUUAUGGAUGAUUUCACGGUAUAUGGCAACUCCUUUCAAGAAUGUUUGACUAACCUCACAAAAAUUUUAAAAAGAUGCAUCGAAACAAACUUGGUUUUGAAUUUUGAGAAAUGUCAUUUCAUGGUGAGUCAAGGUCUCAUUUUGGGUCGCAUUGUGUCUAAAAAAGGAAUUGAGGUAGAUAAGGCAAAAAUUGAUGUUAUUCAAAGCUUACCUUAUCCGACUUGUGUUCGGGAAGUUCGUUCUUUUUUGGGCCAUGCAGGUUUCUACCGAAGGUUCAUCAAGGAUUUUUCAAAGAUAACAAGACCAAUGUGCCAACUCUUGCAAAAGGAGGUCGAUUUCGAGUUCAAUGAGGCGUGCAAAGAAGCUUUUGACAAGCUCAAAGAGUUGCUUACAUCCGCUCCCAUCAUGCAAGCACCAAAUUGGGAUCUCCCCUUUGAGAUCAUGUGUGAUGCAAGCAACUAUGCGAUAGGCGCCGUUUUGGGUCAAAAGAAUGGGAGGGCCUCCCACGUGAUCUAUUAUGCAUCAAGGACACUAGACAAUGCUCAAAGCAACUACUCUACCACGGAGAAGGAGCUAUUGGCCAUAGUGUUCGCCUUGGAGAAAUUUAGACAAUACCUACUUGGUACCAAGGUCAUAGUGUAUUCGGAUCACGCAACACUUAAGUACUUGAUGACGAAGAAAGAUGCAAAGCCGAGACUCAUCCGGUGGAUCCUACUGUUACAAGAAUUUGACUUGGAAAUCCGAGACAAGAGUGGAUGCGAGAACCUCGUUGCCGAUCAUCUAAGCCGGAUCAUUUCAAAUGAAACUCCUCUCCCAUUGCGGGACGAGUUUCCGGAUGAGCAUCUCUUUUCCCUUACUCAAUCUAUUCCUUGGUAUGCCGAUAUCGUUAACUUU